CUCAUGGCUUGACAGCACGCUGCCAUCGCUAUGUGAUUUCCUUCUUUUUUCGCCUUCACGAAAUCAAGAUGGUGAACGUACCGAAACAACGCCGCACCUUCUGCAAGAAGUGCAAGGUCCACAAGCUGCACAAGGUGACGCAGUACAAGAAGUCCAAGGAGCGCAAGGGAGCUCAGGGCAGGCGUCGUUACGACAGGAAGCAGCAGGGUUUCGGAGGUCAGACCAAGCCCAUCUUCAGGAAGAAGGCCAAGACCACCAAGAAGAUUGUGCUGCGUAUGGAGUGCACCGAGUGCAAAUACCGCAAGCAGACUCCCCUGAAGCGUUGCAAGCACUUCGAGCUGGGAGGUGACAAGAAGCGCAAGGGACAGAUGAUCCAGUUCUAGGCACCUUCUUUACACCAUCAUAAUCCUUUUUUCGCUAACGAAGUGGUUUUAUGUUGUUUUCGCGCCGCUGCACGGCGGCAAAUAAAACAAAAUAAACUUGUA